AUGAGCACCAACAGCUCCGUGGUGACCGAGUUCAUCCUUGUGGGCUUCUCCCAUCUGGCCAACCUGCAGGGCUGGCUCUUCACAUUCUUCCUUGCCGUCUAUCUGCUCACCGUGGCAGGCAACCUCCUCAUAGUGCUGCUGGUCUCCACGGAUUCUGCUCUCCAGUCCCCCAUGUACUUCUUCCUGCGCAUGCUGUCGGCCCUGGAGAUCAGCUACACAUCUGUCACCAUGCCCCUGUUGCUGCACCACCUCCUCACAGGCCAGCGCCGCAUACCUCGCUCAGGCUGUGCUCUCCAGAUGUUCUUUUUCCUUUUCUUCGGUGCCACAGAGUGUUGCCUCCUGGCUGCCAUGGCCUAUGACCGCUAUGCAGCCAUCUGCAAACCCCUUCGCUACACACUUCUGCUGAGUCCCCGGGUGUGCCUGCAGCUAGCAGGGCUGGCAUGGGCCUGUGGGGCAAUGGUGGGCCUGGGCCACACCUCCUUCAUCUUCUCCCUGCCCUUCUGUGGCCCCAAUGCCAUCCCACACUUCUUUUGUGAGAUCCAGCCCAUCCUGCAGCUGGUAUGUGGAGACACCUCACUCAAUGAGCUGCAGAUUAUCCUAGCUGCUGCCCUCAUCAUCCUCUGUCCCUUCGGCCUCAUCCUGGGCUCCUAUGGGCAUAUCCUGGCCACGAUUUUCCGGAUGCCGUCUGUUGCUGGCCGCCGCAAGGCCUUCUCCACCUGCUCCUCUCACCUGCUGGUGGUCUCCCUCUUCUAUGGCACGGCCAUCUUCAUUUACAUCCGCCCUAAGGCCAGUUAUAAUCCAGCCACUGACCCUGUGCUGUCUCUCUUCUAUGCUGUGGUCACCCCCAUCCUUAAUCCCAUCAUCUAUAGCCUGCGGAAUGCGGAUGUCAAGGCUGCCCUGAGGCGAACAUUCCAGAAAAUGAAGCCUGCGGACACUUGA